AUGUUCUUGCUGAUGUUUUUGGGCAUCCUGGCUGUCCGGAGACUGAUGAAAGAGAAUGUACUUCUCAAGGAGAACUUACAAAAGCGGAGCGUGGAGCUAGGUGCUGUCUCUUCUUAUUUACUGACUCCAUGCUACGAUGCCGUUGUGGAAGUGGAUCAAAACUUCAGAUUGACUCAGGAUUCAGGCCAACUUGCAUCAAUGCUUCUCCAAACCGCACCAAAAGCUGAUGGUUUGUCAGGGAAAUCAUUGCUUGACUUCUUCAGCGAAGGAGACAGACAGCGAAUUUCCGAGCAAGUGUUCAGUUCUGUCCAGCGCAUCUCUGUCGUGGCAUUGAAUGCCGAUAUGCUGGAUUCCGAUUUCAACCAUGUCAAGGUGGAGCUGUUCUGCGCGCAGUUCAAGAAUCUCGCAAAUGAGAGGUGCUUUCUGGUGGGCCUACGAGAGCUUCAAGACGUGGAUCCUCCCCAUGUGACACCGAUCGGGCACAGUCCUUCAAGCAGUCCUUCGAUCGGGAGAGGCGAGGCUCUGCUUGUGGUGUUUGAUCUGCACACCUUUCACAUUCAUAUCAUGAAUGGGGAGAUGCAGCGGCUUUGCCAAGCGUACUUAGGAGACACAGCCCCUGAUAAUAUUCUGGACAUUGCAAGCCAAGACACGCGGCUAUCGCUCUGCCGGGAAUUGCAGAACUUGGGAAAUGCCAUCGCUGAACGUGUCCCACACGACAUCAGACCCGCUACUGUGACCUUUGAUUUGUUGGGACACAUUGAGGCUCAAGCAUAUGUGACCAUUGAACAUGAUCCCAUCCUGGAUGCCUGGAUGGGAUCCAUGGUCAUGAAUCUUCCUAGUGACACUUUGACCGAGUCAAGCCUCCGAAACUUGCCCAGCCACAAAGUAGGCAUGACAGCGUCUGACAGUCGCCUCGGAGUGAACGCAGUCACUCAAGCACUUCCAGUUCCCAAAGCCGUUCACUUCGUUCAAAUCAAUCGCAUUCUGCGACGCGUUCCCAUACCAUCUGUGACAUGUAUCAGCUGGGCACGGUGCGCUUUACGAAGUCUCGCUUGUGAGUGGCGCUGUGAGAUCUAUGUGCUGCGCAGCUACGCGCAGCCCCUCUGUGAGUCCAGGAGAGUCAAAAAAGUGUGGAUGACCAUCGAUGGCCUAAGCGAACCCCUGGGUCUUACUGUGCUUCAAUCCUGGUAUCAGCUGCAAAGCACCCUCUUCGGUCCUGCGAAAUCCUUCCAUGUGGAACUGGAAUUUCUGGCCUCGGUGGGGAAGACCUUUGCAAAGAUCAAUUUCCAGGAGCCCAUGUCUAUGUAUCAGGGCACGCGGCGGUUGGAUGCCAUGCUCUACCAGCUGAUGACCAACGAAAUCAUGCAGCGCCUGAAACAUCAGGGAGAGAAGUACCUCCAGGCCGCCACAAGCACACCCUACAUGCAUUACGCCCGGGGGUCCUUCUAUUCUCAUGGUCGCUCCAAGCAUGCGGCCCUAUCUGAUGGACGGGUGAUGCUGGAUACCCAACGUGGCCAGGACUAUGGUCAUCAUGCAGCCCGAGGUGGGGACCUCUGUUCCCUGGCGCUGCAGCAGGCAAUGAAAGCCUUCAAGCUGCAGAUGAAACAUGGCACCGAGAGCCUCCGGAUUGUGCACGAGCCAACCGCAGAGGAGCUUUGGAUGGCAUGGCCGGCAUUAGUUGGUUUUAGCUUUACCGCAAAAUGUUGGGGUCAGGUCCUGGUCUCGGAGACUUCACCGAUCGAAUUCAGGGCUGAUGCCUUUGAGCAACUGGUGUUGCCCGCAGCCACCAAGGAGAUCAUCAAGUCAGCGGUGCGUCAUGCCAGCAGCAGCGGGUUGGAUUUCAUCUCUGGUAAGGGUGACAAUACGAUCUUUCUGCUCUACGGACCACCGGGCUGUGGCAAGACACUGACAGCUGAAGCCAUCGCUGAGAUGCUACGCAUGCCGCUUUAUGUGGUCACUGCAGGUGACUUGGGCAUCACGGCACAGGAGGUGGAGCAGAACUUGUCGCAG